GUGCUGCAGAAACGAGUGCAAGGUGGAAGUGAAGAUUAGCUCGUUCGGCUAGGCUUUGAGAUAUCGAAUAAUUCAUCAUUCAGCAUUAAAGAAAGACUUGUAAUCGAAGAGCUUACAUGUAAUCGAUAGAAGGCUCAGCGUCGACAGCAUAUUACGGUAGUAAGGGGACUUGCUGAGGAAAAUAUUUACUUUUCUCCUGAUAUGUUAAGUAAAGAUAGCUAGCGGUAGCAGGCAGCAGCCCCUCCUCAACGUGCAGCCACUCAGCUACUUUGGCAGGACCUGUCUUUCCACCGAUUCUGCUGAUUGUCUUAUAAACAUGCCUAUUCAACUGACGAGCCAGGCGUAUUGUAAAAUGCUUUUACAUGCCGCCAAGUAUCCUCACUGCGCCGUGAAUGGAUUGCUGGUGGCAGAGAAGACCAAGGAGAAAAAGAAAGACAGCCACAGUGAGCCAGUCUUGUGUGUGGACUGUGUACCGCUGUUUCACGGUACUCUGGCUCUGGCACCAAUGCUAGAAGUAGCUUUAACACUGAUCGAUACUUGGUGUAAAGAAAAUAAUUAUGUCAUCGCUGGAUAUUAUCAAGCCAAUGAACGCACAAAGGAUUCAAGACCCAACCAAGUAGCAGAAAAAGUGGCUGCCAGGAUUUGUGAGAACUUCAGUGAAGCAGCAAUUGUUAUGGUGGACAACAGUAGAUUAACAAUUAGCUGUUUUGAGCCCAUUGUCGUUAUAUAUCAUCAUCAUGAAAACAAGUGGAAAAACAGAGAAGUAACUCUUGAAUCUUUUGAGGACUGGAGCGAAGCACAGAAGAUCACGUCUGCUCUGUUAGAGGGCAGGUCUUACGAGAACUUGAUUGACUUUGACAAUCACUUGGACGAUCUAAGGAACGACUGGACCAACCCUGUGAUCAACAAGUCCGUCCUGGAUCUGUGCUAAGAUCCUCAGUCAGGAGUCCCCUGGACAUGCACAUACUCACAAAUAUCGCUGCCAUUUCAGCAUGCAUGUUGCUACUUACCGUGUAGCACUGAGUACAAAAAUGCUGAACAUGAUGUCUUUGUUCCAUCAAAAGGCUCCUGUACUGAUGGGAACUUGUGGAGCUCUGACCAGUUUGGCCAAAAUCUCUCAAGGGCAAGCACCAUCUGUGCACUGUUGGCAUGUGUCCACCUUUAAAAGGUGAUACUGAGGUGGUGAAGGCAAUUACAUUUUUGAAUGCAACUUAAAUGUUUUUUUUUCCUGCAAUGGGUUGUGUUUAUUCAUAGUUGUGUGCAUAAAGUUAAAUUCUAGAGUAUUUGAUCUAUUUUUUCUUCUUAAAUUUUACAGCCAGUAGCCAUGAAGAGAUCAAGUCCUAAAUUAUUUAAAAACAUUUCAGAGGAUGAUUGUACUACUGAGAUAUGAUAUAAAUAUGAUAUAUGUUCCUUAUUACAUUUUCUAGUUUUAAGCCCUAAUCAUGUCGGAAGUGUCUGAAGAUGUUUGUUGGCAGUUUAACAAUAAUAAUAAUAAUAAUAAUAAUAAUAAUAACAAACUCAUAAAAAGAACAUAUAGCUGACAUAGAACCAGAGAGCAGGUUUUUGUCUUACUGGACUGUGUGUAACAUGCCAGCUGGACUCCUGUAGAUGCACCAGCAAUGACAAAGGGAUGAUUGACUCAAGAGCCUUGACUUUUAACUAUUAAUGCUUACACUUUUAUUUCUAUGAUGCAUGUAUCCUGUUAUUGUCACUGGUGCGCUUCAGAAAGUCAGUUGGGUGAUAAUACUGUACAUGUUGACAUAUUGGCUUCUGAUUGUUGCUAUUGAAGAUUAUCUACAAUGAAUCAGAUCACAGGAAUGUGUGAAUUUUCUUCUAUAUUGGAUUUCUGUUUUAAGAAUUAGACAAUAGAAUAUAUUUAAUUGACCACUCUAAAGUGUACUAUUUAAUAAGUAAUGUUAAACAGUUGAAGUACAUUAUGUGAACUACCUUUGUAUUUGACUUUGUAUUAGAAUUAAUCCAUUAGAGCUAAUUACUUAAAUAUUUGGGGACAACACGUUUUUUUAAAGAAACCUUAUGAACUGAAUGUACAAUGAAACCAGUUUUUAAAAUGAUCCAACUCUUUGCCAGACUCAUUUUAUGUCAUUUAGUAAAUGAUUUUGCUUCAUGUCUUAUACCACUGCCUUGACAGUAAUGUUGAUAAAAGUUUGAAAACAA